UGGGUAGUGUCAGUAUCAAGCGUACAGCUUGGUACGACGCACGUGUGCGUGCAUGUACGUAAAAUGUAAAACGGGUUUUGUGUAAAACGAUCAUGUGAUGCAUUUUUUGUGCUCGACAUGCAACGGUUGCAUAUUCCUUUUUGCGGUCACAACGUGAGUGACGCCGCGGUCUUGGUUAUGCCACCGCGUCGCGUGGUGCGAUCGAAAAGCGACUUUUUACUAAAUACGUAAUAAGACAAUUCUCUCCCUUCGAAUGCAUAGAUAUAAAAACAUUGCAACGACAACGCAGUACAUAAACAUUGCACGAAAAUCGCAAUGCUGCUGGAGAAAUUAUGUACGCACGAGAUAGAAUUUAUAAGAAUGAGCUCGUGCCCAAGUUCGAAAUCGCCGAGCGCUUAGUUGACUCCGCUUGACGUGGGAUAUAUGUUGUAACGCUGCAGCGGCGGUCAUGGAUUUUUUUGUUGGCGUAGACGUGGGAACAGGAAGCGCCCGAGCGGCUCUGGUUGCUGCGAACGGCAAGGUAAGGAAGGUGGCUGCAUGCCCGCUCGAAAUAUUCCAUCCCGCCCCAAACUUCUACGAGCAGUCGUCUGAUAACAUUUGGAGCGCUGUGUGCCAUGUUGUCAAGUCGGUCGUGGCUGGCAUCUCCGCUGAGAACGUUAAAGGAAUUGGCUUUGACGCUACCUGCUCGUUGGUUGCUUUAGACAACACGGGAUCACCGGUAACAGUCAGUAUUACAGGGCAAGAGAAACAAAAUGUCAUAUUAUGGAUGGAUCACAGAGCGCAGGAGGAAGCUGACUUUAUCAACUCUACCGGUCAUGAUGCAUUGCAAUAUGUGGGUGGCAAAGUCUCCCUUGAAAUGCAAACGCCGAAGAUGCUGUGGCUGAAAAAGAAUUUACCUGCUUCCUGGAGCUCUGCAGCGUUACUGUUCGACUUGCCAGAUUUUUUAACGUGGAAGGCCACUGAAUCGGAAUCGCGAUCAUUAUGUUCCUUGGUAUGUAAGUGGAAUUACACUGCCAAUCUCGAUGGUAAGAACGGAUGGGAUGAGAGUUUCUUUGAGCAACUCAAUUUGCGAGAGCUAAAGAAAGACAAUUGGAAAAAAAUAGGUAACGACGUAAGGGUACCGGGUGACGCGAUUGAACCUGGACUAUCGGCGAAGGCUGCAGCAGAGUUGGGAUUAUUGGAAGGUACGCCAGUUGGCACGUCGUUGAUCGACGCACAUGCUGGCGGUCUCGGCAUGAUUGGGUGUUACGCACCCGAUGUAUCUCCGAACUUCUCCAACCGAUUGGCCUUGAUCUGCGGUACCUCGACGUGCCACAUGAUAGUGAACGAGAAGAAGAUAUUCGUGAAUGGCGUUUGGGGGCCGUAUUACAACGCGAUGAUAUCCGGUUUCUGGCUUAACGAGGGAGGCCAGAGCGCCACCGGCAAGCUGCUCGAUCACAUUAUCGGUACGCAUCCCGCGACGCCAGGAAUAAUUAUGAAACACUUGACCGGAAAUAAGCACAUUCAACAAUAUCUGUCCGAAUUGUUGCACGUUAUGGCUGAGCAGAGAAACCUGCAGAACGUGUCGUACCUGACCAGGGACCUGCACGUGUGGCCCGAUUUCCACGGUAACCGUUCGCCCCUCGCUGAUCCAAGUCUGAAAGGAAUGGUGUCCGGAUUAUCUUUGUCCGUGGAUGAGGAGCACUUAGCGUUAUUAUAUUUAGCAACGGUGCAGGCAUUGACGUAUGGUACGAAAUACAUAAUCGAAACCUUGACGGCUGCCGGCCACAACAUCGAGGGUAUAUUGGUGUGCGGUGGAUUGAGUCGGAAUCGAUUAUUUAUCCAAACACAAGCCGACGUACUGUCGUUACCGGUACUUUGUCCCGUGGAGCAAGAGUCGGUCUUGGUGGGUGCAGCGAUCCUCGGGGCAUGUGCCACGAAAAAGUAUUCAAUGCACGAGACUAUUAAAAGAAUGGCUGGAACGGCAAACAUAGUGAAACCGGCGAGCGACUGCUACAAGUAUCACCUUCGAAAGUAUCACGUAUUCAAGAAAAUGGUCUUGGACCAGCAAGACUAUAAGAAAAUAAUGAGCGAAGAAUUAUAGUCUAUUCGUUUAGUCUAAACG